CCGGAAGCAGUUUGCCUCUUUCAGGGUUGAGUUCCACUUCCACAAACGGCGGUGAGCUUCCGGGGGCGGUGCAGGGUGCGGCCGCACGGCUCGGCGUCGUCAAUGCGGGCGAUGGUAGCCUGGUAGGUAAGGUUGGUAUGCUCCGCUCAGGCCUGGGGGUUUGCACUCGUCUGGGGGGAUUUGAGAGUCCUUGAGCAAGUGGAUCCGUAGCUUUCGUUGGCCAUCAUCAUCUGACAGUAAGAAUCCAGAGGUGGGUGUGACAAGAAGAUGCUGAAGAAACUGCUAUCAAAGCCUAAGAGCAAGAAGAAGGAGGCUGCCUCCUCUGCGCUCCCCACUUUGGAUCGUCUCCAUGAGACUCUAGAAAUGCUGGAGAAGAAAGAGUGCUUUCUUCAGAAGAAGGCUUCUGCAGAAGUUGAAAAGGCUAAGGAUUAUACAAAAGCUAAGAACAAAAGCGCUGCAAUUCAGUGUCUAAAGAAAAAGAAGCUGUAUGAAACACAAAUUGAGCAGCUAGCAAAUUUCCAAUUGCGAGUUCAUGAUCAGAUAAUAAUGCUUGAGAGCGCAAAGGCAACCACAGAUACCGUUGAUGCUUUGCGCUCUGGAUCAUCUGCUGUCAAAGCUAUUCAUCAGUCAGUGAGUAUUGAUGACAUUGAAAAUGCCAUUGAAGAGGCAAAUGAACACACAGAAAAUAUGAGGCAGAUACAGGAGGCACUUGCAACACCAAUUGGCGCUUCUGCUGAUUUCGACGAGGAUGAACUAGAAGCAGAGCUGGAAGAUCUGGAGGAGGAAGAGCUCGACCAUGAGCUGCCUGAACCACCUCAGAGUACACGCAUGGAACCAUCAGCGAGAGUUACAACUUCAUCUCAACCAGCCAAUGAUUUGGCUGAACUGACCAAACUUCAAGCAGAGAUGGCGCUUUAAUCACAGUUUGGAGGGAUUUGUUUGUAUUUUGCUGACAUCCUGUUUGUGUAGUGUACUCGGAAAUAACAUGUUGUAAAUUCAGUUUGUUGUAGAAAAAAACCCUUCCUUUUAUAAUUUGUUCUUUUCUGUUACCUUGCUUCCUAAA